AUGAUGGGGGGCGAGACGAUGUGUGUCUGCUCGGGCCGCACGGCCACGCGCGUCGCGUCGCUGCGCACCAGAGCUCUGCCCAAUCGCGCGACGGGGAUCCGGGGGGGCAACAGGGGCGCAACUGUGCGCCCCAGUCGCCUCAAUUUGCAGCACUCGGCGCUGCGCGCGGUGAAGCCCACCUCCGGCGACGCCGCGGUCGAGCAGAAGCCCGCCGAGGACCUCAAGAACGCCGUGGACCAGGCGGAACGCUCCGACGGCGCCCCCUCCGGGGCCGAGCUCGAGGAGCUGCGCAGCGCCGUGCCCGUGCAGGAUGCGGCGCAGCCCUCCACGCCCGCCGGGGACUCGGCCGCGGUCGCGGAGUCCAUCGAGCGCGCCCGCAAGCUCCCGCCCCGCGAGCCGGACGGCGCCGCGGACGAGCUCGCGGACGUCAGCGAGCGCGCGGGCGACCGCGCCGAGAAGCUCCUCCAGGGGUCCCUCAAGGGCAUGCUGCUGCUCAACCUCGGCGCGGCGCUGUUCGGGAGCAACCAGGUGGUGAUCAAGGAGGUCGAGUCCGGGAUCCUGUCGCCCGACGGGGUCAACGCGCUGCGGUUCGGGCUCGCCGCGCUGCCGUUCGCGGGCGCGGCGGCGCGCGGGCUGCGCGACCCGGAGAUGCGGAAGGCCGCGUUCGAGCUCGGGCUGUGGCUCUUCAUUGGGUACACCGCGCAGGCCGUCGGGCUCGCGGAGACGGACGCGAGCCGCGGGGCGUUCACGGGCACCUUCACCGUGCUCACCGUGCCCAUCCUCGUCGGCCUCUCGGGGCGCAAGAUCGCCGGGUCGACCUGGGCCGCUGCCGCCGCAGCCAUCUUCGGCGUGUCGCUGCUCGUGGGCGACCCCACGUCCGCGCCGCCCAACUCGGGCGACAUUUGGUGCGUCGUGUCGGCGGUGCUGUUUGGCGUGCACAAGUUCCGCACCGAGUCCAUCACCGCGCGGUUCGAGGACACGCUCGCGCUCAUGGCCGUCCAGCUGGCGGUGCUGGCCGGCGCGUCGACGGUCGCGUGCGUGCCCGAGAUCGCCGGCCUGCUGACAGCGCCCGAGGGCGCCGUCGAGGCCGUGACCAGCGCCGCGGCGCAGGUGCCGUGGUGGCAGAUCGCGUACAUGGGCCUCGCGACCACCGCCCUGACGCUGUGGAUCGAGAUGGAGUCGCUGAAGGAGGUGUCGGCGCCGCUCGCCGCGCUGAUCUACACCGCCGAGCCUCUGUGGGGCGCGAUGUUCGCGUGGGUGCUCCUGGACGAGCGCUGGGGCGCCGCCGGGUGGGUCGGCGCGGCGAUCAUCGUGGGCUCCAGCGCCGCGGCGCAGCUCAAGGGGGACACGAGCAAGGCGCCGCGCCCGGAGAAGGCCGCCGGGAAGGAGCAGUGA